AUGAGAAGAGUUUUAGUUAACCACAACUGCCGCCGGGGAAGGAGGAAUCCUUCAGUCCUAAAGGUCCUCUGCCAAGAUUACCAAAAAAGAGAAAAGGCCAACCACCAAAGAGAGAGACGGGUUUCCUACCGUUGUGUGCUGCAGAUGAAGAAGACAGAAGAAUCCUUGCCAUUACCGAAGACAGUUUCGCUGUCGCCGAUGGUUUCACAGACCCAAAGUGGUUCAAAGUGUACAAAUUUCUCGGCGAAACCGAUAUUCCCUGCUUCAAAGUGGUUCAGGCAAGUUCUUCAAUGCAAAUCCAGAUCGCGGAUUUCGAGUUUUGAGCACCAGGUGUUCUCCGUUAGCCGGAAUCGUCGAGCAAAUAGGCGGAAAGUAUGGUCACUACUGCAGUUUGGAAAUCAGUUAUGUUCUACUGAGCUUAUUCAUAAUGACCAAGAUUUAAUACCGAACUUCAUUUCAUCCAUCCUACCUGGGUUCUCUUGGACUUGGCCAUUUCUUCACACACUGAAUAAUUUCAUCGGCAGUUAUCAAUCAGUAGCCACACAAGCCUUUCCUUCUGAGGACGAGUUAGCUGAUGAUUUGAAUCAAAUCCUUUCUAGUUUCUAUAUAGAGGGUUCUCCAAGCUCCACCAGGGACAUCUGUACUACUUACAUUGAGAAGCUAUGUAUAACAGGAAAUGUGACAAUGGCUGCAAGGCUACUCCAGUCCUUACAUGAGAAAGGCAUCUUAGUUAAUGCAUAUAAUCACCUUUUGGCAGCAGCAGGUGAAGCAAAUGAUGGUAGUUUUCUUUCUCAGGUCUUCAAGGAUCUAUUGUUGUAAGGAACCAUAAGUUCAGCUUCUCAUUUUAACCUUGCCAAGGCUUUUAAGAAUACAACAGAUGUCAUCUUGUUCUUCGGGUUCAUCAAAGAAAUAUCAGAGCUGAUCUUUCCGAGAAGUACAACUGUUAUAAAUAGAACUAUCUAUACUUUUGCUGAAUGUGGGCAGAUUGAUAAGGCACUGCUGAUAUUUGACCAUAUAGAGAAUCUAAAAUGCGAACCAGAUUUGGUUACAUAUAAUAUCAUUUUGGGAAUCUUGGGUGGGCUGGGUCUUGCAGGUGAAAUGCUUCAAGAGUUUGCCUCCAUGCAAGAGGCCAAUAUUAUCCCAGAUAUUAUUUCUUAUAAUACUUUAUUAAUAAACGGAUUAUCUAAGAUGGGAAGAUUAAAUAUCAGCUUGGUAGUUUUCAAAGAAACGAAAGAGAGAGGACUAGAACCAGACUUGCAAACCUACACGGCAUUAAUUGGGAGCUUUGGUCGAGCUGGGAAAAUUUAGGAAUCAUUGAGACUCUUUAAUGAGAUGAAGAGCUAUCAUAUCCGGCCAUCUGUCUACAUUUACAGAUCUAUAAUUGGUAAGCUAAAGAGGACAGAGAAAUCAGAGUUGGCAAUGGAUCUUUUGGAGGAGAUGAAUGCAUGUCUUUCAUAUCUUGUUGGUCCUAAGAAUUUCAGAUGGAAAGACAGAUAGUUUAGCAUUCCACUCUUGAGAUUUUUCAUUCCCUCUGACAAGAAGAUCACAGAAUAGGCCAGUGUGCUCUCUGAUUAAAGAAGAUUAGGGAAUUGCAAUCAGCAAUGAGUUGAUGGGUUGAGAUGAAUACAUCUCUGUCACGAAUCGUAGCCUUAGUACAGCGAUUUUGGUUUUUUAAUGGCUGUAACUCCUUUUAUAUUUCCAUUUGUAAUUCCUGUAAUUCCCUUUUACUGCUGUAAUUGGGGGAAUAUUUCUGUUAGAGGAAUAGUAAGAGAGAGAGAGGCCACGUGCAUGGGUUAGAAUAGGACAAAGAAGGCGGUUGCAACUGUCUUGGGGAAGUGAUCUGUUGUGGCAGCAUCACCCCAAGGUCCUGUAAAUACUCCACAAGGCACUCGGGGAGAGCAUCAUCGAAAAUCAAGAAAGAACUCUGAAUUCUCUCUUCUCUCUGUUCUGCUCCUUUCUCCCUAUUCUUCUUCUAUUUUUCCUAUUGUGGUCUCCUGAUUCACACCGAACCAGGAAGGCCACCAUUGUCUCUGCCUGGCAGUGACAAUCUCUUGCACACCUAGUUGGCCCAAGUACUUCAAUGUAAAAGCAGAGUUUAGUCCUUAAAACCUGAGUUUUGGGGUUCCCAGUUAUUGCAAAAUCUCAAAGUGCAUCUUCAGUUUGGUCAAGCAGGUUCUCUUGUCAAUGGAUUCUUUUAUCUAUUGCAUUUCAACAUGGGUGUGCAUCUUCAACCGUGCCAAGUUUUUCACUGUACCUAGGUUUUACAUUUUGAAGACUCAAAUCUUCAACUCAAAAGAAACCCCUAAGCAAUUCUUUAUAGAAUAUUUAAUCACCCUUAAUUCUCAUAAUCCAAGGGCUCAAUCUGGAUUUGUGGAGUAGUCCUUUCAGUUCCCAAUACCCAACGAUUAUUAGUACUUGUGGUGUAUCUGGUUUAUUGGCAUUUAUUGUAACAUUAAGAGUACUCACUAAACUUAUCAAGUGAGCAUGCACAAUCCGGUUGUGAUCCAUCAAAAUGCAUGGCGUUUACUUUUGUUAUUUGUAUUUGCUUAUCCAUCCAUAUUAGCAUUAUGUUAACUAUGCGAUUUCAUCAUCAGUGAUUAUAUGUUAAAAUCAUUGGUAUAUACUGUGACUUGAUCCUUUUUUUUUUUUUUUUUUUUGAGUGAUAAAUCAUCAUCUGUUCUGACUCAAAUCAAAUUAGUGCAAUGCUUGACAAAGUGACCCCAGGGUUAAACUAAAUAUAGAUUAAUAAUUUGUUAUUUUCUGU